AUGCAGGCAUGCACCUCUUCCCUCCGCGAGAAUGGGCGCCUAUCUUCCAACUGGAGUUCGCUGCACCAAGUGGCGCCGUUGUAUGAAAUUGCCGCUGGAGGGGAGACAAUCAACCCCUGGAGCCUGAUAGCGCUUGCGGUGGGCACGGCUGCGCUGGCAUAUCUGAGCGGCCUUGUCAUGGGAAAGCAGCUCGAAGACGAGGCCGAAGAGAUGGAGACUAAGUUGUCCGAACAAGGGGAAAAUGGCGAACCGGAGCCAUCACCGGAACCAGUCCGAAAACGCAACCGACCAAUACGGAGAGAACCAUAACACGCUGUCGAGAAACUUCCAAGCUCUGGGUUUUGUUUUUUGCCAGUUGAAAGACGUUAAUUCUUUUGGUUGCAUCAGCAUGUUCUGCCAGUCACAACAUGUAGAGUCAGUUGUCUGGUUGCCAUAUAUGAUCUCUUCGAGGACGGCAGCUCUUGCAUCUACUGCAACAAAGCUGGUUUUGAAAACGGGCAUCACGAAGUCCCCCUAGCUCACCAUAAAAGUUCUGCGACUGAAAGCGAAUCAACUAGCGGACGAACCGUCCA